AUGCCGCCCCUGAGACGAUGGCGGCCCCUCAUAGCCAUCGUGGCUACCUGGCUCCUGUGCAGCUGGUUCUUCCUGUCCGCCAGCCGCCCCAGCCCGAGCCGGAACGACGUGCCGCCGCGUCGUGGCCCCCUCCGAGGCCCCGACGCCGACGCCGGCGCCGACGGCAAGAAGAAUCCCAAGAUCCGCUGGUCGAAGCUGCCCGACCACUACCCGGUCACCUCGCUUCGCGCCCUGCCCACCGGCACGGCCGCCUCCGCCGCCGCCCCCGGCCCGCGGAUCCCGCGGAUCCAGAAACACCCUGCGCCGACGUCCUCUGAGGACGCGGAGGCGCGACGGACCCGCGAGGAGCGGCUCGCGGCCGUGAGGGACAGCUUCCGGCACAGCUGGGAGGGGUACAGGACGCGGGCGUGGAUGCGCGACGAGGUCGGGCCGCUGACGGGCGGGGGCAAGGACCCGUUUGGCGGGUGGGCGGCGACUCUGGUGGACGCGCUGGACACGCUGUGGAUCAUGGGUCUGAGGGAGGAGUUCGCCGAGGCGGCGGAGGCGUGCCGGGGGAUCGACUUCGCGGCUGGGCCGGCGGGCGGCGGGGGCGGUAGCGUUAAUGUGUUUGAGACGACGAUCAGGUACCUCGGCGGGUUCCUGGCUGCGCAUGAGCUGAGUGGGGGGAAGUUCCCUGUGCUGCUGGAUAAGGCGGUCGAGGUUGGGGAGCUGCUGAUGUGUGCUUUCGAUACGCCGAAUCGGAUGCCGAUUUCGCGGUGGUCGACUAAUACGUACAUGCUUGGCAAGGCUCAGACGGCGCCUCGCUCGAUGCUCGUGGCAGAGGUCGGGUCCCUGUCGCUCGAGUUUACGAAGCUCUCGCAGUUGACGGGGGACAUGAAGUACUACGAUGCCGUCCAGCGCAUCGCGGACGAGUUCGAGAAGGGCCAGAGCACGACGAAGCUGCCGGGAAUGUGGCCCAUCGUCCUCGACGGCGCCGGGCCGACUUUCAACGGGGAUAACGCCUUUACACUGGGUGGCAUGUCGGAUUCUUUGUAUGAGUAUCUGCCAAAACAAUACUUGCUACUGGGCGGGCUCUUGGAGCAGCCUCGCAAGAUGUACGAAGGGUUCAUCGACGUGGCCAAGAAGCAUCUCUUCCGCCGGGCACUGAACCCGCAGGAUAUCCCGCUGAUUAUAUCGGGCGAUGUUCGUGUGAGUGAGUCAAAGGAGCACGCCAAAAUUGCGACCACUGCCAGAGGACAGCACCUCACCUGCUUCACGGGUGGUAUGGUGGGCAUUGCAUCACGUAUUUUCGAGCGCCAAGAGGAUCUCGAUGUCGCAAUCCAGUUGACGGAUGCCUGUGUCUGGAUUUACAACUCCACCGCGUCGGGUAUCGGUCCCGAGAUCUUCAGCUUCGUCCCUUGCGGGUCUAUAGAGGAUAGCCAGACGGGCGAGAAAUGCUCGUUUUCCGAAGAGAAGUGGCGCAUGGCCGUCAGGGAUUUCUGGAGCUCAGCGAAGCCGAACGUGGAGGAGACCGAGGCAGGACGUCGGGAGGCGGAGGAGCGAGUGGACAAAAUCAUCAAAGACCGCCGGUUAUCGCCCGGGAUGGUGGACGUGAACGACGCGAAAUACAUUCUGCGCCCGGAGGCCAUCGAGUCCGUGUUCAUCAUGUACAGGAUCACGGGCGAUCCGGCGUGGAUGGAGAAGGCAUGGAACAUGUUCCGCCACAUCGAGAUGCACACGCGGACGGAUAUCGCGGCGGCGAGCUUGAGAGACGUCAGGAUGGAUCAGCCGGUUCAAGUCGACAGCAUGGAGAGCUUUUGGCUCGCCGAGACUCUCAAGUAUUUCUACCUCAUCUACUCGGACUGGGAGACAGUCAGCCUAGAUGACGUGAAGCAGUUCAUCCGCAACGUCCGCGCGGCCAAGACAAUUGCCGACGAAAGAGCCGUCAUUCAGAAGGAGAGCGCAUCCAUCCGGGCGAGCUUCAGAGAAGAGAGCGCGGAUCACAGCAUUCGGCGCAAUAAUGUGGCGAAGCUACUUUACCUCUUCACGCUCGGCGAACGAACGCACUUCGGGCAGAUCGAGUGUCUCAAGCUGCUGGCAUCGCCUCGCUUCGCCGAUAAGCGGUUGGGCCACCUGGCCACCAGUCUUUUGCUCGACGAGAACCAAGAAGUCCUCACGCUGGUCACAAACUCGCUCAAAAAUGAUCUAUCUCACUCGAACCAAUACGUCGUCGGGCUUGCGCUCUGCACCCUUGGGAAUAUUGCCUCCGUCGAGAUGUCGAGAGACCUGUUCUCCGAAGUAGAAACACUGGUGUCUACGGCCAACCCAUACAUCCGCCGGAAAGCCGCGCUGUGCGCGAUGCGUAUCUGCCGAAAGGUCCCGGAUCUUCAAGAGCACUUCCUCGAGAAGGCUUCCGGCCUCCUAUCCGACAGAAAUCACGGAGUCCUGCUCUGCGGCUUGACGCUCGUGACCAGCCUCUGCGAGGCAGACGAGGCCGAGGGUGGAGAAGAGGGUAUCAUUGAGAAGUUUAGAGCAUUCGUACCGGGACUUGUUAAGACCCUGAAAGGUCUGGCUUCUUCGGGCUAUGCACCCGAGCACGAUGUUACCGGGAUUACGGACCCCUUCCUGCAGGUCAAGAUCCUUCGACUCCUCCGAGUCCUCGCACGGGGGGAUGCCCAGGUCACAGAGAAGAUCAACGACAUUUUGGCCCAAGUCGCAACCAAUACUGACUCGUCAAAGAAUGUCGGAAACUCGAUCCUUUACGAGGCCGUGCUCACAAUCCUAGAUAUCGAGGCAGAUUCCGGUUUGCGAGUGAUGGGAGUCAAUAUCCUCGGCAAGUUCCUGACGAACAGAGACAACAACAUUCGAUAUGUUGCCCUGAAUACCCUCGUCAAGGUAGUCGCCAUCGAUACCAACGCAGUGCAGAGACACCGGAACACGAUCCUGGAAUGUCUUAGGGAUCCGGAUAUUAGCAUCAGGAGGAGAGCGCUGGACCUCAGUUUCACACUAAUCAACGAGAGCAACGUCCGUGUUUUGGUUCGAGAGUUGCUCGCUUUCCUGGAAGGCGCCGAUAACGAGUUCAAGCCGACCAUGACCAGCCAAAUCGGUAUUGCAGCCGACAGAUAUGCGCCGAAUAAACGAUGGCACAUCGACACCAUGCUGCGAGCCUUGACUCUGGCGGGUAACUACGUCAAGGAGCCCAUCCUGUCCUCUUUCAUCAGGCUCAUUGCAACGACUCCUGAGCUGCAGACGUAUGCCGUUCAGAAGCUGUACACGAACUUGAAGAAGGACAUCACCCAAGAAAGCUUGACGCAGGCCGGCGCUUGGUGUAUCGGCGAGUAUGGCGAUUCCCUGCUCCGGGGUGGGCAAUACGAGGAAGAAGAGCUUGUGCAGGUAGUGAAGGAGCACGAGAUCAUCGACCUGUUCUCCAAUAUCCUGAACAGCAGCUACGCCACUCAAGUUUCGACCGAAUACAUCGUUACGGCUCUCAUGAAACUAACGACGAGGCUCUCCGAGCCAGCUCAGAUCGAGCGGAUCCGACGCUUGUUGCAAGCUCACUCGACAAGCCUGGAUGUUGAGGUCCAGCAGAGGGCAGUGGAAUAUGGGAAUUUGUUCGCCCACGACCAAAUACGCCGCGGUGUGCUGGAGAAGAUGCCCCCUCCUCAGAUUAAGGAGUCGUCCCGAGUCCUCGGAGAAGCCGCCAGGAAGACUGCCAAGCCUGGCAGGGGUAAAGCUAAAGUUGCGAAGCCCAAGGAGGAAGAUCUUCUCUUCGACCUUAUGGGUGAUGGCGACGUCCCCGUGCCACCUGUCAACGGCGGUGGUCAGAAUAACACCGAUCUGCUAGCGGACAUCCUCGGGGGCACGGCCUCACCGGGCCCCGCUUCGACGUCACCGCCUCCGGGGCAGUCAAACGUCGCCUCCAUUAUGGAUCUGUUCUCCCCAGGCGCGGCUUCGAACCCCCCUGCCGCACCACCUUCGUCGUCGAAUGUCGAUCUCUUUUCUCCCGUCUCAUCGCCCCCUCCCCAAGCACAACAGGCAGCCGCUGGGCACCCGUGCUAUGAUAACAACGGCCUGAAUGUCACAAUUCAAACCCAGCGGAACGCAGAGGGCAUGAUCCAGGCCGUGGCCCGCUUUAGGAACACGUCAUCGUCGGCCAGCUUGUCAAACGUCGGCCUGCAGGCAGCAGUGCCGAAAUCUCAGAAGCUGCAACUGAUGAGUGUCUCGAGUUCUCAGCUGGGACCGGGGGCAGAAGCGUCACAGAUCAUGAGAGUGACAGGAUGCAAAGGGCCCUUGCGGCUAAGGUUGAGGAUAGGGUAUGCCCACCCUUCAGCGGGGCAGGUUAUGGACCAAGUAAACUGGACGGAGCCUUAG